AUGACUGUAACGAAAUUGAAUCUCUCUGCUGAUUCUAAAGUGGAUCAAUAUACACUUAUCAACGAAAACAAGACAUUAGCAGUUAUGGUAUUGAACUAUGGCGCGAUCAUCUCUCAUAUUCUCACACCAGACAAGACAGGCAAGAUUCGCGAUGUUGUUCUUGGGUUUGAUGAUUACGAAUCGUACAAAUCACCACACAAUCGAUACUUUGGCGCGGUGGUGGGUCGAUUUGCGAACCGUAUUGGACAAGGCAAGUUUACUGUGGAUGGUCAAGAUUAUGUGUUGGCGACGAACAAUGGAUCUAAUGCACUACAUGGUGGAGAAUGCGGUUUCGAUAAACAACUCUGGCAAGUAGAGAUCCUUUCACAACAACCGGCUUCGAUUCAACUGACCUAUGUGUCUCCCGAUGGCGAUCAAGGUUAUCCUGGUACCUUGACCACUCAUGUCACCUACACUGUCAACAAUGAUGACACACUGACCAUCGAUUAUCAUGCAACUUUGAGCAAACGAGGCGAUGAUGAACAACUUCACUCCACCAUUGUCAAUCUCACCAACCAUACUUAUUUCAACUUGGCUGGUGUGGCUGUCAAUCCUGUUAUACUUGAUACAAAGAUCUCCAUGACCGACAACGUGAAGGGCUAUUUAGAAUUGGAUGAAACUGGGGUUCCUACUGGCAAAGAACUAUCAUGGUCUGAUACACCUUGUAUGAACUUUACGGGAGACGCAGCAGGAACAACGAUAGGCAAACGUAUUCAAGAACUCGUCAAGACCAAAGGCUAUGAUCAUCCUUAUGUACUACAUCAUGAAUUCAAGACUGAUACCUCCGGUUUACCACUUCAGAAAGCAGUAGAAGCAUAUUCACCAGAAACAGGUAUUCAACUGACCUUUUCUACAACCGAACCUGCUUUCCAAUUUUAUACUGGUAAUUGGCUCGAGUCUGGACAUAUCAAGGCCAAGAAAUCACAGGAUCAAGUCCCCAUUGAACCAUAUGCUGGCUUUUGUUUGGAAAGUAGCCGAUUCCCUGAUGCUCCCAACAAACCUGAUUGGCGUGCUUCCGUACUACUUCAAGAUGGUGACAACGACGUUUAUGCAAGUAGGACCGUGUUUGGCUUCCAGGCUAUCAAUGAAGAACAUCAAGUCGUUAUCUAA